UUUCCGCCACCUAUGGUGAAACCUCCCUGUCACAUUCAUAGAAUUCAUAGCCAGUGAUCACUGAUCCUCUGAUCAGUCAGUCUAGAGGUGCAGCUUAAAAUUUACGUAGUAUUAUCGCAGACGUGAGAUAACGAAAGUUUUCCUUUAUUUGGUUUAUUUUUAAUUAUUUGAUUAUUUCUUAUUCUGUGAUAUCAGACUGAUGGUGCUGCGCUUCAUGACCUAAAUUCAGUAAAAUAUGAUAGCCCUGAGUAUAGUACAGUGAUACGUGAAUUGGGAAACAUUGAAUCUCAGUGAGAAUCAAAGCACCCUUCGCAAAGCUAUCCUAUCGUCUCCCUCCAGUUGUGAAUAGUUGGAUUUAAGGGAAUGCCUAUGGUGGGAGUGUGAGCUGAAACGGAGAUCCCGAAAGCGAUGGCGACACUUACGCCGCGCGUUCUGGUUCAGGUCGUGGUUGUGGGACUCGUCGCGCCUCUGUGCUCCAGCUGCCUACAUAUGUAAACCAAUCAUCACUCAGCAGCUUGCCUGUUUUCGUACUAUGGUUUCGCGUUCUUUACCAACAACUCGCGUCCCUACGUGUUGUACGGGUUAUUUUUUUCUGUUUAUGGGUUUUCGCCGUCGGCGACAGGGGUUUUGCUGAGACUUUUUUUUAUUUCUCAUAUGAACCAUGUCGAAAAAUAAACUACACCAUCGCGUCGACAACGGCAUUGUCGAGGUGAAGAGCAAGUUUGAUGCUGAGUUUAGAAGAUUUUCAUUGAAUCGAAAUGAAGCAAUCAGAUAUGAGGACUUUAAAAAUCUGUUGGCAAAGCUACAUCAUCUUGACGCCGAUUUUAGUUUUUUGAUAUCAUAUACGGACCCAAGAGAUGGAGAUUUACUACCAAUUAACAAUGAUGAUAAUCUGGGCAGAGCGUUACUCACAGCGAAACCAGUUCUCCGAAUCAUCAUUCAACGCAAAGGGGACAGCCUUGAAGAAGUGAAUGGGUAUGGUACAAUGAAGCCACGGAAUUUGAUAUCGAGUAUUCUGGGUGGAACACCAGGAAAGCCAAAAUCCUUGGCAAUUUCGAAUCCUCACGAUUUUAGACAGGUUUCGGCUAUUAUUGACGUGGACAUUCUUCCUGAGACAUGCCGCCGUGUCCGACUAUUGAAACACGGUUCAGACAAACCAUUAGGCUUUUAUAUUCGAGACGGAAGUAGUGUGCGGGUUUUGCCUCCCUCUGCCGGUGGGGGAAUUGAAAAAGUUCCAGGGAUCUUUAUCAGCAGGUUGGUUCCUGGUGGCCUUGCUGAAAGCACAGGGCUUUUGGCAGUUAACGAUGAGGUUCUUGAAGUCAAUGGCAUAGAAGUUGCUGGUAAAACUCUAGAUCAGGUCACGGACAUGAUGGUGGCCAAUUCCUCAAAUUUGAUAAUCACGGUAAAGCCAGCCAAUCAACGCGGAGCCCUUGCUGCUCCAAGGCGUGGAUCUUUUUCACGUAACAGUCAACUAUCAUCGGGUAGCCAGCAGUCUACGCAGAGUGCAGCUACUGGUAGUGAUGAAGAUGCUGAUGAAAUAGUUGAUUUAACUGGUGUAACGCUGCACGAUGAUGCAUCGACAUCACAUCAUCAACAUCCACAUCACCACCACCACCAUCAUCACAAUCAUUUUAAUCACGACCAAGGUGUGCUGCAUCUUUAAGAUGGAUACAUCUGAUAAAGCAUCAUUCGACUAAUUAGAUAAAUUAAUGAAUCGACUAAAACAGUGAUAGCUUCAUUUAGGUAAAAUGGCAGGAAUUUGCAGGGAUAGUGUUUCCUUUACUUGUAUUAGACGAGUACAAAAAGGCAGCCCAGAUUUUAGUAACGAAUGUAAAUAGUACUUUACCAGAAUUGAACAAGCGAGUGCAAUUUCCUGCAUGAAUUUGUUUAAAAAUUCUAUAAGAAAAGAGAAAUGAUGCUAAUUUUUUCCACUAUGAUCGUGACAAUGUAUUCAACAUUCUAUGCACUGAUUUCACAAGCUCUUGUGAUUAUUGAUUCUGAAAUAAUACAUUAGUCCAGUUGCGCACGUUGAUGAAUAUACCAUUGAAAUACUCCUUUCGCAAAGCUGUAGAUUCAGAUAUAUUUUAAUUGUAGGCCGUUGUCGUUAGUUGUUUUGUGUCACUCGUUUAUUUCAUGUGGUUUUUAAGAGAGACCUGUACCGAGGUCUGCAAGCAUUCAAUCUUAUCUAUUAGACUCAAUCGAGAUUUGAAUCAAUCAAUAUUCUCGUAAACGGCGUUCUACUGACAAGAGAAAUUUUUUUUCACCAUUCAUUUAUCAACGUGCGUGUUCGAUGAAUAGACGGCCGUAUUCGUUUUUUUUUCUUUCUGCAGCUACUGUACAUACGACGAAGGCGCGAAUAUUUUUUAUGACUAUCAAAUUAUUAAAAUUUCGUGGGAUAUGAAACACUGAACACUUCCAAAUGAAGUAAAGGAUUGAAGUUCGGAGUAAAGUAUUGAAUUCAUGAACUGAAUAUAAGUACAUAUUUGGAAUUCUACAUUUAUUCAUAGAAAAUUAGCCCUAUAAAUUGUAGUGAGAUGCAGAAUACCUAGGCUUCACAACGGUCAGUGUAGUUGCUCCAACGGAUAUUUUUUACGCUACGCACUUUGGAUUUACAAAGAUUAUGAUAAUCGCCGACAGAUCAUCACCCGGUCUACGGGCAGUGUGAUUUUCGUAAACAAUAUUAUCUACUGCAAUAAGAAAUUUCAAAUCUGUAUAAACAGAAAAAAGAAAAAUUAUCGAGGUAUCUGACGAUUUUAUCAUUGUCAAGAAUAUCGACAAUUCUAAAAUAUUGUAGAAUAUUAUUUUUAUAUAGAUAAAUAUUAAUAAAUAUAAACACAGUUUCGCUAUUUAUAUGAUAUAAACAAAUAAUUAAUAUUAUGAUUAGUAUGCGAUAACGGAAGUAUUAAUGAAUGGCAGCAUUUUACUGUAAGAAUUGAACAAAUAUACCGAGCAGUACUUAAUUACUGAAAUUUAUGUACUUAAAAACAUUGAAAAAUUUUUCGUAAUAAUGAACGAAAACGAGGUCAAAGACGAUUAAGAGAGGCGGGAGGCAAGAUGAUAUGACUUGAUGACAUUGUGCCUAACAAGAUCAUUCAGUUCGAAUUGGUAUUUAAACUAAAAAUCAUGACCGAAACUAUACAACCCAUAACAGUUAAUGAUUGAUACUUAUACUAUUAUUUAUUGGUUUCAACGGUAUCGGAUUGUAUAUGAUCUAAAUACACAAUACAGAGGGGCCUUAAUCAACAGUAAGAAUUGUAAAUAAGGUUGAUAGUUAUUAUUCAUGAUUUCAUGUAUUUCUUGAGAGCCGUUGCUCUUUUACGCAAUCUAAUUUUCUGUCAGGCAUAUUGUGCACCGCGCUCUUACUGUCUGUAAAUCAUUCCAAAUAAUAAUUUUCGUUUUUAAUGAUCUUCUAUGAUAAUAGAUUUGCGCACGCCUAUUCGUGUGAUCUUGGUUUUUUAAACUACAUACAUAGGUGUGUUGAGUGUUGAAGUUUUUGAAGUUUAGAGCCAUUUUUUAUGAUCGUUACUUGUUGUUUGAUUGAACGAUAGUAUAUCUCACGUAUGUUGAACGCCUAUUGAUAGUAUUUUUAUGAGGUGACAUUUCAGCAAGAAAUUUGUGUACUUUUACACUUGUAUUCAUAGUUAAUCGUGCCUUUGUCAUUUUGACAAUAAUUCACCGAUAUAUCGGGUGAAAACUAUCGGUUUUAUUGCAAUGUAUGCCACACAUUCCACAGACUCGUGAUUGAUGAAAAUUCCAUUUUUUUAACGUGUCAACGUGUGCAUGUCAACUUUUUCUACAGUUUUGUAACGUUUCUUCGAUUAAUAUAUUAAUGCGAGUAUUAUAUACCGCAAAUUGAUCACACUCCAAAAAUAUUUUUUAAAAAACGAUCACAAUAUUUUUAUGAAUUAACUUUAAUCAGAUUUUAAUAUGUAAAUAAAACUACUACAUAAAUGUAUUAUUAUAUAAAACUUAUGUAAAAUUAAUGAUAAUAAUAAUUACCUAAUAUUAUUGUUAAAUAUAAGACACUUUUCAUCGUGCUUUCCAAAACAGUACAAGAAUAAAUUGAACAUCCGUUCUAGGUGAAGCCUUACUUCGUCGUAAAAGUUUGUCUACAUUCGGAUAAUCUUUUAGAUAUUCAUUUUUCACGUCUAUAGUGCCUUCCGUUUAAACAUAUGAGGCAUCUAACAUAGUAUUUUUCGGCUGUACGUUAUCUUUACACCUUAUCAGUUUGACGAAAUUGUUGCAAAAAUUAUUUAUUCGCGUAGGUACUUAUAUCUUGAUUUAGCAUAAAAACCAUAAAAAGUAUCAAUUACGUAUAACGAUGUAGCUCUUUUCAAUGGCAGCUUACAAAAUAAAGUAUUUUAUUGUAUUUCA